AUGAAUUCAAACAGCCAAAAUCAUGCUCCAACUGCAAGUAGUCAAGAUGUGGGAGGUUCAGGUUCUAAUCAACAAAAUACUGAUUCUGUGGAUCAACAAGAUGGGACAAAUACUAAUGAUACAAUUUUUGAUGAAGAUGGAGAUGAAGUGGUUGGUUCGAAAAGGGCAACACGUUCACCGGCAUGGCAUCAUUUUAUAAAAUUUAAAUUAAAUGGUGAAGUUAAAGCAAGAUGUAAAUAUUGGUCUAAAGUGUUGGGUGCAGAUAGCAAGAACGAAAAAAAGAAAGUAGAUGGUAGUACAACGCAUGUUUCAAAUUAUACAUUUAAUGUUGAUACUUCAAGGAAGGAUCUGGCUGAAAUGAUUAUUGUGCAUGAGUAUCCGCUUUCAAUUGUAGAGAAUCAUGGAUUUAGGAAGUUUGUGGGAGGUCUUCAACCUUUGUUUAAGGUUCCUUUUCGAAACACCAUCAAGGGCGACAUCAAAAGUAUUUAUGAUUACGAAAGGGAUAAAACUAUGAGUUUGUUAGCAAAGAACAAAAGCAAAAUUGCAGUUACUACCGAUAUGUGGACAUCUAAUCAUAAAAAAAGGGUUUAUGGCACUCACAAUACAUUUUGUAGAUCAAAACUGGAACUUGCAAAGCAGAAUUAUGAGAAACUUCCUCUAAAAUCACUAAUGAUGAAUGGUGAUUUGUUUCAUAUGCAUUGUUGCGCACAUAUUCUCAAUCUUAUCGUCCAAGAUGGCUUAUCUCUCAUUAAAUUUGAGAUUGAGAGAAUCAGAGAGAGUGUUGCAUUUUGGUCUGCAUCACCAAAGAGGGAACAAAAUUUUGUGACAGCAGUAAAACAGUUGGGAAUACCAUACUCAAAGAAGUUGAUACUUGACUGCAAGAUGCGGUGGAACUUUGCAUUCUUGAUGUUGAGUGUUGCUAUAAGCUACAAAGAGGUUUUCGACCGGAUUGGGUAUUCUUUACGUGAGUGGACGGAAUCUAUUGAGGAGAUUAGGGAGAUGGCUGACCAAAUGGUUUCUAAGUUUAAUAAGUAUUGGUCUGUAAUUCAUGGGAUAAUGGGUAUGGCAGCGGUUUUAGAUCCACGAUACAAGUUAAAGUUUGUGGAGUUACUUUUGCCUAUGCUUUAUGGAGAAGAAAAAACAAAGAUUGAAUUUCAAAAUUUGGGGGGGUUUGUCAAAACGUUGUUUCAAGAGUACGAGUCAAGUAAUGCAUCUAAAAAAAGGAUGAGUGAAGGUGUUUCUGGUGGUUCAGUUCCCGAUUCAUCUUCAUUUGUUUCUAGUAUCUCUUCCGGUCAUCGUGUUGGAUUCAAAAAGCUCUUAUCGGAUAUUGCUUCUAUUACUAGAGAUGAUGAUGAAUCAGGAGGUAUGAGUGAGUUGGAUAACUACAUGAAGGAUAUGAGUGAGUUGGAUAACUACAUGAAGGAGAAAUUAUAG